CGAAGUUAGCAGCGAUAGGUAUUAGCAACUAUUAGUAACGUCAACAACGUUCGAUUUUGUUUAUCUCGUUGUGUAAUAUAAAUUGUUUCGAAUUAAUUAGAUCGAUAAGAUAUUCAUUUGAAAAAAAUUAUUUGUCUUAUUACCGAUUUUUUUUCUCUUUUUCAUUAAAAAGACGAUCCUUAAAAUUGAAACUCAUUAAUUGUUUUUCCAUGGCUGGAGAAUUGCAAAAACAUGGAGUUAUUCCCGAUGUUAUUGAUAAGGUACCAGCAGCCGUAUUGGAAGUGGUCUAUCCCAAUAAUGUCGUUGUUGAGAUUGGUAAAGUUUUAACACCCACACAAGUUAAGGAUCAACCUAUGGUCAAGUGGACUGGCGAUUCCAACACUUUUUAUACUCUUUGUAUGACAGAUCCCGAUGUACCAAGCAGAAAGGAUCCCAAAUUGCGAGAAUUGCAUCAUUGGUUAAUUGGUAAUAUACCUGGUAACGAUAUUAGUAAAGGUGAAAUUCUCUCUGAGUAUAUUGGCUCUGGUCCACCAAAAGGAACUGGUCUUCAUCGUUUUGUUUUCCUUCUAUAUAAGCAACCCAAGAAAUUAACUUUCGAUGAGAAACGUUUAACAAAUAAAAGCAACGAACACCGUGGACAAUUUUCUAUUAAGAAGUUCGCAAAAAAAUAUAACCUUGGCGAUCCUAUUGCUGGGAACAUGUAUCAAGCUGAAUUCGACGAUUAUGUGCCAAUAUUGCAUAAGCAACUUGGUGGUUCUAUCUUCUAAUAAAUAAAUAUCAAUAAGAAACUAUAAAAAAAAUGAACAAAAAAGAACUAAAAAAACAAACUAUAAAAAG